UUAAUUCUCCAAGAAGAUCAAAUUAAGAUGGCUUGUGGAGGAACAUUUUCCAUGCAAAAUUUGGUAGCAUGUCUUGUGGUUUGCCUCUCAUGCAUCCAAACCGGCGGCGCAAGCGGGUGCAAAGAAGUCGAGAGGGCGGCGCUCCUCGCCGUCAAGGCCAAGAUCAAUGAUUCAUACAAUCUCUUAUCUUCGUGGGAAGGCCGAGACUGCUGUAGUUGGAGAGGAGUCGGUUGUGAUCAUACAACCGGUCACGUCGUGAAGCUCAACCUCAGCAACCGAUGCUCAACCGACGAAACUCUGCGCGGUGAGAUCGAUCCAUCUUUGCUGCUCCUAACUAACUUAUCUUACCUUGACCUCAGCUGCAACGCAUUCUUCGGUUUCCCCGUUCUCGACUUGAUCGGCUCGUUUCCUAGUUUGGAGUAUCUUAACCUCUCUUCGGCAUGCCUCGGUGGCCCGAUACCUCCUCAGCAACCGAAUUGGAUGGAGCAAAGCCUCAAGAACCUUUCAAGUGUUGAUCUUCAGUACUCUGGAUUUGGUGGUCUUAGAAAUGAUGAAUUUUCGUCGACCGUCACUUCGACACCGGCUAGAGAGCUCUGCAAUUUGAAAUAUCUCGACUUAAGCGGCCUCGGUCUAGGAGGAGAUAUUGUCGACUUGAUUGCGAAGUUUCGGUGCUCUUGGAAUGAGCUACAGGUUCUACAUCUGUCAGAUAAUCAGCUGCGCGGAAACUUGUCCACUUGGUUGGCGCAGAUGACGAAUCUCACGUCACUCAACCUUAGGAACAAUUCGAUCGCCGGUAAAGUGCCUAAAUGGAUCGGGAAUCUCUCGAAUUUGACAUUUUUAGCUCUUUCAUACAAUUGCUUUGAUGGUGUUAUUUCGGAAGCUCAUUUCGUAGAUUUAGUGCGCUUGGAUACGUUGUUCCUAUCGUUGAACUCGCUUACGAUGUCGGUUAGCUCCGACUGGGUUCCGCCUUUUCAGUUAACUUCCUUCGCAGCACACUCUUGUCAACUCGGACCCAAGUUCCCAGAAUGGCUCCAAUCGCAAACUCGGAUCGAAUACUUGGGUUUGGCCAACACGAGUAUCGCCGACGCUUUGCCUUCGUGGUUCUGGAACCUGUCCAUUUCGGAACUUGAUCUUUCGUCCAACCGCAUUAGCGGCAAGUUGCCAAGUUCUUUUCGAACCUUGCCUUUGAUUUAUGUAAACUUGAGGUCGAACCGAUUUGAAGGCCAGAUACCUCCUCCUCCGCCUCGAAUUCAAGCGCUAGAUCUGUCUGAAAAUUACUUUUCAGGACCAUUUCCGCAGACGUUGGAUACGCCGAAUUUGCGUUUCUUGCUACUUUCGCAAAAUCUGAUUACUGGCAGCAUCCCUUCAUACAUAUGUGAGCUUAGUUCUUUGGAGUAUCUUGAUCUGUCAAAUAACCAUUUAUCAGGAAAACUCCCUGAUUGUCGGUGGAAGUCGCAAUUGGAUUAUUUGGAUUUGUCGAGUAACAACCUCUCUGGAGAAAUUCCAGGCUCCUUCGGCUCACAAAACUCGCUCGAAUCGUUGCAUUUGAACAAUAAUAGCCUAGACGGAGAAUUUCCUACGAGUUUGCAGCAUUGCUCUAAUUUAGUUUUUCUCGACCUCGGCGAGAAUAAGUUCACGGGGAGAGUACCCACAUGGAUCGGAGAAAGCUUACGACAUCUAGUGUAUCUCCGGCUACGGUCGAACAGCUUUAUCGGUUAUGUUCCCCCCGAACUUGCUCAGCUCAGAAACCUCCAAGUGUUGGACCUGGCAAGAAACAAUUUGACAGGAUCGAUACCGAAUUCCUUCGGCAACUUCUCUGCCAUGCUAUCCACUCACACGGCGCAAACUAUCAGAGUGGUUUUAUUUUACAGGCCGAAAUGCCAGGGGCUGGACUACACAAAUGACUUGGCAGUAGUUAUAAAGGGGCAAGUCCUCGAAUAUUCGAGCAACCUUAACCUUGUGAAGGUUAUGGAUCUUUCAGGCAACAGUUUGAGUGGAAAGAUACCGGGCGAAAUCGGAGUGCUUCAGGAGCUGCAGAGUUUAAACUUGUCCAGCAAUCAUUUACAAGGAAGGAUUCCGAGGAGAAUAGGCGAUAUGCGAUCUUUGGAAUCUCUCGACCUCUCGUACAACGAGCUCUCGGGGGAUAUCCCCCAGAGCCUAUCCGGGUUGACGUAUCUGAGUCAUUUGAAUGUGUCGUAUAACAAUUUGUCAGGAAGGAUUCCUCGCGGAAAUCAAUUCGACACUCUUGACGACCCCUCUAUUUACAUUGGAAACGCUUACCUUUGCGGGGAUCAAACUAAUAAGAAUUGCCCUGAGGAUGGAAACAAUCUUAGUGAGACUAAAGAGGAUGAUAAUGAAUCCGAGUUUAUAUGGAUUUGGUUUGGUAUAUGUUUAGGAUUUGUAGCUGGGUUUUGGGGAUUAUGGUGCGUCCUAUUAUUUCAAAGGGCUUGGAGAAUUGCUUAUUUCGAAACGAUUGAUCAAGUGUCUGAAUGGUUGUUCAUUACAGCAGUGAGGAGAAUUGCUAGACUGAGUAGAACAAAAUGAACAUACCUUAUCAAAAUUGAUUUGUUCUUUGUUGCAUUUAUUUAUUUAGUACUAGUAUUUAAGGCACAUGUAUUGUAAUUCUUUGCUUUUGUUUAGCUUUCUUGGAGAUUUUAUUUUGACAAAUCUUAUUGGUCGAAACAGAGUUGUAAAAUAAGGUCAACUCAUUUUUUGAUUAGUUUAAUUCGAAAUUUGUAUAUUCCAAAAGUGUGUCUUUUCAUGUAAAAACUAAAGACUCUAUACAUUUCCAAAUGUCAUGUAAUUGUAGUUACUCUACAAUCAUUAUAAUUAUGAUACUACCUGCGGAGAUUUGAUAAAAUUCAGGACAAAAGAUUCAACAGAAGAGAUGGAGCAAACCCAACUUCAAUGAAAAUGUUUUUACAGAUUUUAUU